AUGAUAGGACCGAUCACUGCCGUGGUGCUGCUGUUUCAUCCAGGCUUGACUUUUGCCAUGCUCUCUCAGAGUGAUGUGGUGAAGACCUUCCAACUUGGAGACAAUGUCACUCUAAUGUGUACCAUAUCUGUGGGAGCCGGAAGUUAUUUCUACUGGUUCAAGCAGCUGGUGGGGCACCCUCCUCAGUGCAUACUAUCUCUCUAUGUUCACUCAAGUGACCCUGUGUUCUACGGGGAAUUCGAGAAAGAUCGUCGCUUUAUUCUGCAAAAAAACCAGACCAGCAUGGGGCUCACAAUUUUAAAUGCAAAAGCCACCGACGCAGGACACUAUUACUGCUGCACACGGAGCUAUGAGCACAUAUUCUUUGCGAAAGGUGUCUUCCUGACAUAUGAGGGCACAGAAACUACAAACAGAUAUUUUACCGAAAACCUUGUACUUGACGCAGUAAAUCCAGGAGACUCGGUGACUCUGCAGUGUACAGUAGACAGUGAGACCUGUGCAGGAGAACACAGUGUUUACUGGUUCAGACACGGCUCAGGAGAAUCCCUUCCGGGACUCAUUUACACCCAUGGAAAGAGGAGCGAUGAGUGUGAGAAGAGCCCUGAGGCUGGGUCUCCUACACACGGCUGUGUCUACAGCCUCCCCAAGAGGAACCUCAGCCGCUCUGAUGCUGGGAUUUACUACUGUGCUGUGGCCACAUGUGGGAACAUACUGUUUGGAAAUGGGACAAAGCUGGAAAUUGAAGGUUCAGACCCAAAAGACCAAACAAGUCCUUUAAUCGUUGUGCUGGUGGCAUCUAACAUCUUAUGUGUAGUGAUAAUUGUCAUCUUCUGCCUGAAAAGGACAAGAACAAAAGCAGAAGCAAACCAGAAAUUAUCCCCUUUUCCAAAAACAGAGGAGCGACAGCAGAUCAACUACGCCGAGUGCAGUUUCCCAAAGAGGAAGCCCCACACUGGGACAAGGAGGGAUCAGACUGAAAGCCAUGUCCUUUAUUCCGGUGUUCGAUACAAAGAAUGGGACUAAAAACUCACAAUAAAAGGAAUAAACUUCACAUGGGUUCAUGUAGAGGGGUCAGAUCAGCAGCCAUACUAUAUAUUCAGAGGUUAGAGUUGAAGAGAAAAGCACCACAGGAAUAACCCAACAUUUCCUCAUUGUCACAAUGGCAUCUUAUCAGAAAUCCCACUAGGAAAUCUCUUGAAUUCAAAAUCUUGUGAUAACCUUAAAGGAAUACAUUACAAGCAAUAAUGUUUCCUCUAAGUGUAAAUCCAGGGAUUAGUCAGACUUUUAUACAAGAGAUUUUCAAUAACACCCUCUUUUCCA